GUUCAUUUCACGGACCGUGGGAUAAACAGCUGCUGCUCCCCGUGUGUUCUUGUCGACGACUUUCUGUCAGCGAAGCUGUAGUCUGGACGGUUUGUGCUCAGUGUGCCGCUCUGCUGUCCGCUGCGCUCCACCUGAAACUUUACAUCUUCGAAAGAGGAGUUUAAUCCGCGAGAGAGCGACGCCAUGGACCCCGCCAGCCAAGAUAUCAACCUGAACUCUCCUAACAAAGCUCUCGGCGUGGAUCGCACAGACAGCCUGUCCGACAUGCCCGUGGAGGGCGCUAUGGGGAACCCGGCCAACCCUCCUCCGCCUGGCCUGACGGAGGAGGAGGCGGAGGAGCUCCGCACCGAGCUCACCAAGGUGGAGGAGGAGAUCAACACCCUGCGGCAGGUUUUGUGCGCAAAAGAGAGACACGCCGCAGAGCUGAAGAGGAAACUCGGCCUCAACCCGCUUAACGAACUCAGGCAGAACCUCACGAGGAGCUGGCAGGACGUGCAGACCUCCAACGCCUACGUGAGAACGGCUGAGACGCUGGGCGAGUGGAACGAGCGGGUGACCCGUUCAGAUCUAUAUCUGUCUGCCUCGGCCACUUUGGAUGACAUUACCCACUCUGAAGCGUACAAGAAGACUCAGGAGACGCUUUCCCAGGCCGGACAGAAGACAACCGCGGCUCUGAGUACAAUGAGCACGGCCCUCAGCAAGAAGAUCGGCGACAUGAGAGCUCUGCCGUUCUCUAACUCCUUUAGUAGCAACUAUUCCAUUCGCCACUCGAUAAGUAUGCCCGCCAUGAGAAACUCCUCAACCUUCAAGUCCUUUGAGGAUAAAAUGGGGAACCUGAAGUAUAAGGUCGUCGGUCAGAGAGGAAAUGGAGACGCCGUCAGCUCCCCCACCGACACCACCCCCACUCAGGAGAACCCGUCUUUCUGAACACUCGCUCCCUCCUCCACCACCUCCUCGCCGCCACCUUCUUCACGACCUUAGACUGUACUGUUACCACCUCGUCACAGAGCCACACCUCCACCUCCACCUCAGCAGCUCUCUCUGUAGCUGGUGGCAGGCACAGAGUGCACAGCCCCGCCCCCGAGCCCCGCCUCUCUGUUUCAAACCCGUCAGUGUUUCAGAAACCACCCGGCUAAACACGAGGCGCUAAAAGAUGUCACCUUCUGAAACUUGACAGCUUUUAUUUUGGAGGGAAACCCCACCCCCACAGUGUUCAUACUCAUCCAAAAAACGAACACGCAAACCUCCUGCGGGUGUAGCUUUGGAGGCGGGGCUUCUGCAGGUGGAGGAGGAUUAUAUGGGCCUCUGUGGGUGAGCGUGCUCUCUUCUUUCUCUGCAUUCACACUGUGAGCACACGCUGCACAGCGCCCCCCGCCGCUCUCUCUGUGUAAACGCAGGCAGGUGUACAGGUUAGCGCUUCGAAGGAGGAUGGGUGGGGUCAGGACCCGGGAAACCCCGCCCUCCUCGGCCUUCUCCACGUACACGCACAUCCCACCUGAAACCCCCGCUGUGUAAAAAAGCCCUUCAGCCAUUUUGUAUUCUCUGAACUCUUUUACAGCUUUGCAGACGUUUUUACGUAACUUUUAUCGGCGCGUACCAACACAGAUAACCAAACUGUCUCCGGUUCACAGGCGUGUCGCUGAAAACGCAGCUUCCUUUUUGUGAAACUGGCGUCGCCGUCGGUGCACAGCCGACGCCUCGCCGCGAACGCUACCUGCUGAAUGUCACCGCUUCUCAGUCGGCCUUACUCGCGUUAAAAGCUUCGCCCGCUCUCUGAUCCAGCCGCGGGACACGCCCACCCCUCGCCCUUUGGUUUUUCUUCUUCUUCUCUGGGUUUGGUGAAGGACGGGACGCCCGGGUGUUUGUGGUGGACUCAAACGGGGCGUGUCUGGUGUGCCGCUUCUCUUCGUUCGGGCCUGCAGAGUAACUUCCUGUACAGAAACGCCCACGCCAAACAACAGAACAACUGACUUUUUCAGAUUUUUUCAUUAUUUGUAAAACGCCAUGAUUUUAAAGCACCGUGCCAAUCUUUGUGCGCUUUGCCAACAUCACUCCUGCCCGCUACGGGAAGUGCUGACAAGCUCGUUAAUAAGACAUCCUGCUUCUGUGGCGUCCAACUGCUCUGUUGAGGAGUUUAGGCGGGUCGGCGUGCCGCCACGUGUGAGUACACCUGAGAGGGAGACCUGUCAUCAGUCUUGUGGCUAACGACCGCGGGUCUCCGCUGUGGCUGUUUCUGAACGAGCUGCCCGCGGCUGUCCUGCCUUCUGUGUGCGUCCUUAUUCUUUGUGUUGAUCAUUUUGGUAGACGAUGAAGAUGAUUUGUUAGCUGCUUCCUGAUUUUCUUUCCUUUGCUUUUCUGAGGUGGUUUCUUCUUUGUACAAUGUCAUCAGUUGCCAAUCCUGACAUAUCUGUUACAGACUCUUUCUUUGUGUCUCUGGAUCUCCUCGAGUGUCUCUGCGCUUUGCCAAGACUAAACAAACUCCUGCACACUACAAGAAAUACUCCUGAAGUCAUUUAUUUAAUAAAAGAAUCACAUUUUUCUUAUGCACGGGGGAAAUGAGGAUCGUCAGUGUGAGAAAAAUGCGAUUUUGAAACUAAAUGAAUUUUCCUCCUUGAAAGCUGCACAUGAGCAGUUUGUUUUGGAGAGUAGAUGAUGGAUGGAGUGAGUGACUUCUUAGUUUUGGGACGUGCAACACACCACGAGCAUGCUCACUGAGGACUUUCAGCUUUAUUCGGGUCCGGGGCCUCUCAUGUAGAUCGUUAAAGGGAUCAGAUUUGGAAGCUUAUGAUGAAUUAAUUAAAAACAUUUUGGUUUAUUGUAAAUGUUUGGAUAUCAAUAAAGCAUUCCUUUAAAUGAAA